AUGUUUAAAAGCGUCGCCCGAUGUUUUGCUGUUUUCGUGGCAAUGCAAUUCGCCAAAUUCAUUUUUCUUGUGCUCAUCUCAUCUUGUGCUGCAAUUCGCUGCUUUAAAGGCGUUCGCGUAAAGGACAACAGGGGACCAUACGGGCUGUUGCGCGAGCAUUGCCCGCGAAAUAUGACGCAAUGCAUGAAAGCCGUCUUGUACGACUUUCCGGUGACUUUUGCGUACGCGUGCGCGGAUCCCGCCGUUUUCACAAAUUCUCCUGAUGGUUGCAUUCGACAAGGAAUGCAGGAGAUCUGCUUAUGCAGCGAAUGGGAUUAUUGCAACAUCAUUGAUCGAUAA